AUGGACAUACCCAUAACUUUGGUGUCUGUGUUUGUGGUUUCCAUCCUCUAUUUCUGCUAUGUUACCGUGUAUCGUCUCUUCUUGAGCCCGAUCUCACACUUUCCCGGGCCGAAACUCGCGGCAUGGACUUAUUGGUACGAGUUCUGGUACGACGUCGUUGCCGAACCCGAGUAUACGUUCAAAAUAGGCCGACUCCACAAGGAAUAUGGUCCUAUUGUCCGCAUCAACCCGGACGAGAUACAUAUUGCAGACCCUGACUUCUACGACACGGUUUAUGCCGGCAGUGGACGCAAGCGUGACAAGUGGGAUUGGAUAACCCGGUCCUUUGGCGUUGAUGAGAGCCUGAUCGGCACACUCAAGCACGAUGAGCACCGCGUACGCAGGGCUUCUCUUUCCCCAUAUUUCUCCAAGCAAAGUGUGCGAGCACUGCAACCGCUGGUCGACCGCAAUAUGAGCAUCUUGCUAGAGCGUCUACGCCAAUUUGCCGAUUCUGGUUUACCCCUUAAGCUGGAUGAUGCUUACGCAGCAUUAACCAAUGACAUCGUCGAGGACUACGCGUUUGGGAGAAGCGAACAUCGUCUAGAGGCCCCAGACUUUGAUCCAUCAUUCCGGGAUGCAAUGCUGCAGGGUGGGAAAGCUGGACAUGUUUUGAAGCACUUCACAUGGUUGAUGGACUUGCUGAGGAAGCUUCCCGACUCACUGCUCCUCAAGCUGAGUCCAGCAAUGGGCGCGUACUCUCAGCUUCAGACUAGCGUCAAGCGUCAGGUCGCCGAAAUCCAGCACGCACACCAGACGCACUCCUACGACAAGACACGCCGCACCAUCUUUCAUGAGAUUCUCAAUAGUAAACUUUCCGACUACGACAAGUCGACAGAUCGUCUCUGGCAAGAGGGUGAGGUCGUUGUCGCGGCAGGAACCAUUACCACUGCCUGGGCGCUGGGCGUCUCAACGUACUUUGUGCUCGCCACUCCAGAAAUUUUGCGCAAGCUCAAGGCCGAGCUGGAAGCCGCCAUUCCCGAUCCUUCACAGCCACUCAACCUUAUCACACUUGAAUCCUUGCCCUUCCUCACUGGUGUGGUUCAAGAAGGCGUGCGUCUAAGCCACGCCAUCUCGCAUCGCUUGCAUCGCAUCUGUCCUGACGAGACUCUCGUUUACCAGGAUGCUGGAAACAAGUGUGAAUGGCACAUCCCGCCUGGCACACCUCUUAGUAUGACCAGUAACCUGGUCCACCACGACGAGCGCGUCUUUCCGAAUUCGCACGACUUCCAGCCCGAACGCUGGCUUGAUAACCCCCGCCUCGAUCGCUAUCUAGUAUCAUUCGGCAAGGGUGGUAGAGCUUGUCUCGGCAUCAAUCUUGCCUAUGCAGAACUGUACCUCACGCUGGCUGCGCUAUUCAGGGUGUAUGGUACCGAGGAGGUUGAGGGCAAGGACGACGUUGGGAAACUGCAGUUGUUCGAGACCAGUGCUGCUGACCUUGUGAUUACAAGUGACACUGUUGUCCCUGUUAUGCCUGAGGACUCCAAGGGAUUGAGAGUAAAAGUACAUUAG